AUGCCUAGCAGAAUACCGUUCGCCUGCCUUCUCUGCAGGGAGCGAAAGGUGAAAUGCGACGGCGAGAAACCCUCAUGCGGGCAUUGUCAAAGAUUGACCUGGGCCUCUUGCACGUACCCAGAACCGGGCGCACAAAGCGCCUUGCGAGCUCGCGCAGAGAGACAGGUCAGCCGCGCAACUCAAACCGAUGCUAUCGAGCUUCCCUCACCAGAAGCCUCCGAACACAAUGUUCCCGAGCUGCCUUUGCAAGAAGUCGGCCAGAUACUCCUGGAGAAUUACUUCCACAAGAUCCACAAUGCGAACCUUCUAUUUCAUCGAACAACCGCUUUUCAGCUCUACGCUCAGAACCGUGUGCCGGAAUACCUGCUCCAAGCGAUUUUCGCACAAGCCGCAAUAUUUUUGAGAAACUUCGAUGAUGGGCGUGGAUUAUUCGAGAAUUCCUGUCGUGGGCGCGGGCGGCGAGCGCGUUUGCUCUGGGACGACAGUUCGUUCGAUUUGUCCAGUGCGGAAAGGGUUGGUCGUGAGAUGAAACGAAGAUGCUUUUGGGCUUGCUGGUGUACUGUGGCAUUGGGUGCGGAGCCACCGCGAUCACAGGCAUUGUGCGACAUGGUUACAGACAUACCACUACCGGCAGCGUUCGAGGACGGUGGCCUGACGGAUGGCGUGGGCUUUGAAUUGAGCCCAACCAUGCAAGAGGCAUUGAGUCAGAGUGGCAAGCCACUGUGUCAUAUGGCCGAGAUUGUCAGAGCUGUCUGCAUCUGGUCGCAGGUCCAGUCCUUCAUAUGGGCCCCCGUUGGUCCGGGCGAUGUACAGUGGGCGAAACAAGCAUUGCAUCUUGAAGGGCUCAUCCGGGGCGCCACGACCUAUGCACAGGGGUGUAUCGAGCAUCGCGAGUCUGCAACGGGAGUAUCCAGCGAAGACAUUGAGCUCCUCGUGAGCAUUCGGUCAUUGCAUCACCUGACCCGACUUCUUCUCCACGCUGCGAUGAUUCCUGCUUUUGCGAAACAUCAAGCAGCGGCCGUGGUCACAAUUGACGACAUAUCGAAGAGUGCUGAAGUCGUUUUCAAAGAAGCAAACUCUAUUGUCCAACUGUUCUUGAGCCUUCUCAGCCGCAAGAAGGACGCAUCGAGACUAUGGCCGCUGAGCGGUCAUGCUGCUUUCAUCUCUGGUGUCGUUUUGCUGGUACGUCACUGA